AUGUCUCAACACGCAUUAUCUGACCAGCAGGUCAACAAUGAGCUCAGCAAGAUGACUGCGUUCAUCAGGCAGGAGGCUAUGGAGAAGGCCCGUGAGAUCGAGAUCAAGGCCAAUGAGGAGUUCGAGAUCGAGAAGUCCAAGCUUGUCCGCCAGGAGACCGACGCCAUCGAUACACAGUACGAGAAGAAGUUCAAGCAGGCAACCAUGUCGCAGCAGAUCACACGCUCCACCGUCUCGAACCAAACCCGUCUCAAAGUUCUGGGAGCCCGCCAAGAGCUCCUUAACAGCAUAUUCGACGAGGCCCAGAAGAAGCUUGUUGAAGGUGCCAAGGAUAAGACCAAGUACCAGAAGACGCUCCGUGGGCUCAUCUUGGAAGGCUUCUACGCACUGCACGAACCAGAACUCCAGGUCCGCGCGAAAAAGGCAGAUUUCGAUGUUGUGAAGAAGGCAAUCGCCGAGGCCGAGAAGGACUACAAGAAGGAGGUUGGCAAGGAUAUCAAGGGUACACUUGACGAGUCGCAGCCCCUUGCUGAAGGCCUGUACGUUCUGGCUCCUGAUCCUUAUAUUUUUCGAAUUUGGGACGAAUUGAUACUGACAAAUAAAACUAGGGCCGGCGGCGUGGUUAUUGUGGGUGGCAAUGGAAAGAUUGAUGUUAACAACACUUUUGAGGCUCGACUGGAACUUCUUCAGGACUCUGCCGCCCCCGCUGUGCGGGAGGCUCUGUUUGGAAAGAAUCCUAACCGCAAAUUCUUCGACUAA